CCGGAACUCAAAAGCGACGCCCCGGCGGUUUCCGACUGUGGCGGACACUUCCAGCCGAGGGACUGUCCCGUGGCAGCUGGGGGCGGCGGCGGGGGACGCGGAGGCUCCGGAGCUGCGACGAUGGAUGACCGCAGCCUGGAGGAGUUCCGACGGCGCUGGCAGGAGGAGCUGGCGCAGGCUCAGGCGCUGAGGAAGCGGCGGCGGCCCGAGGCCGCGGAGCGGCGGCCCCGGCGGCCCGAGGUGAACCCCGGGCGCGGCGAGCAGGCCUCGGGAUACCUGGCGCUGGCCCAGGGCCUCCUGGAGGGCGCGGGGAGGCCCCCCGGGGCGCGGGCGACGCGGGCUGAGAGGUCGGACGCAGCGAGCCGUUCCCGCUCCCCUCCGUCCCGCGAGGGCGCUGGGGGCGGCGAGGCACUGGUGGAGCAGCUCAUCCGCGACCUGAACGAAAUGGAUGAUGUGCCCUUCUUCGAUGUCCAGCUGCCUUAUGAAUUGGCCAUCAACAUAUUUCAGUAUCUGGGCAGGAAAGAACUAGGACGGUGUGCGCAGGUGAGCAAGACGUGGAAGGUGAUUGCAGAAGACGAGGUGCUGUGGUACAGGCUGUGCCAGCAGGAAGGACACCUUCUGGAGAGCAGCAUCUCGGAUUAUUCUUGCUGGAAGCUCGUCUUCCAGGAGUGCCGAGCCAGGGAGCACAUGCUAAGGACCAACUGGAAGAAUCGAAAGGGGGCCGUGAGCGAGCUGGAGCCUGUUCCCGACGCAGUGUUGUGUGAUGUGCACUCUCACGACGGCGUUGUCGUUGCUGGAUACACAUCAGGGGAUGUGAGGGUGUGGGACACCCGCACCUGGGACUAUGUCGCCCCCUUCCUGGAGUCGGAGUUUGAGGAGGACGAGCCUGGAAUGCAGCCAUAUGUCUCCUUUGUGAGGAUAAACAGCUCGCUGGCGGUAGCAGCUUAUGAGGAUGGGUUUCUUAAUAUUUGGGAUCUAAGGACUGGAAGGUAUCCUAUCCACCGUUUCGAGCACGAUGCAAGAAUCCAAGCAUUAGCCCUCAGCCGAAAAGGUGCCACUGUCGCCACAGCCUCUGCAUUUGGUGUUAUAAUGCUGUACCCCAACGAGGAGGGCUACUGGCAGAUGGCUACAGAGUUUGAAGUUCAGAAAUUGGUUGACUACCUGGAAAUAGUUCCAGAUACUGGAAGGUUCCCUGUGGCAAUAGCUGCUGCUGGAGAUCUGGUGUACCUGCUGAAAGCGGAAGACUCCGCCAGAACCCUCCACUACGUCUACGGCCAGCCCGUCACCUGUCUGGAUGUCUCUGCCAACCAGGUUGCCUUUGGCGUGAAGAGCCUAGGAUGGGUGUACGAAGGAAACAAGAUCCUGGUGUACAGCCUGGAAGCAGAACGCUGCCUCUCGAAGCUGGGAAAUGCCCUCGGCGACUUCACGUGCGUCAACCUCAGGGACAGCCCUCCCAGCCUCAUGGUCAGCGGCAACAUGGACAGGAGGGUGAGGAUCCAUGACCUCCGCACUGAUAAAAUUGCGCUGUCGCUCUCCGCCCACCAGCUUGGGGUCUCUGCAGUGCAGAUGGAUGACUGGAAGAUUGUCAGCGGCGGCGAGGAAGGCCUGGUCUCUGUGUGGGAUUACCGCAUGAACCAGAAGCUCUGGGAGGUGCAUUCUAGGCACCCUGUGCGGCACAUCUCCUUUAAUAGCCACAGCCUCAUCACAGCCAACGUGCCCUGCGAGCGGGUGGUGCGCAACGCUGACCUGGACAACUCCGCCACGCACAGGAGACACCGGGGGCUGAUCCACGCCUACGCAUUUGCGGUGGACCAACUGGCGUUUCAGAGUACUCUCCCCAUCUGCCGCCUGGCCUGUGGUGCCAUGAGCAGUCACAACUACAACCUCGCACUGGCCUUCUCGGACAGCACUGCCUAGGGCAGGCCCAGAGCGCCCUGCUCCAGCAGGAGGACGGAGCGGGCUUGUUUGACUCAUCACGUGCCUACUUGAGAGUGGACGUCAGGACGCACCCUCAGCCUGUUCCAGGUGAGGUGUCCCCAUCAUCCGGGCUACGUUACCAACCUGCCCAGAGACCCAGGCCCAGGGCUGCAACCCUCAGCUCUUGCUGAUCCAAGGCCAGUGGCCCCAGGAGGCGCCGGGGAGUUAGCGUGGCGCUUCUGGGAGCCCACCCCCAUCGGACACCAGCCAUGCGGACUCCUACCCCGCACCAGCAGAGCGGAGCGUGCACCCUGCCGGGGAGAGCACACCGAGUGGUCACAGGCAAACGCGCUUGCUUCCCAGCAGUGUGGACCGCACCACGGCCAGUCUCACUGUAGUAAGACACGCACACGAGCCUCGGCCCACGGCUGCAGACUGGAGCCACCUCUCCCCAGCAACAACCCAGGCCUCUGGGCUAGCAGGAGGGGACUCAUUACAUUAAAAAAAAAAAAAAAAAGGGAUGUUAAUGAACUGCCUUUGGUGAAAAGAACAAAUUGCAAGUACGUUAGCAGAGUCCCAGAAAAGCCAGGCCUGCGGAGGCCCUGCCAGCACCCCCUGCUGCUCGGCACUGCUGCAGCCUCCCUCAGGCCCCUUGGAGGGGGAGGCGCAGGAGCUAAGUGACAACACGGAGCCCCACCCAGUGACUCCCAGAGCUGACAACCAGGAAGCCAAGAGGGCCCUGGGCAGCCAGGGUGGGCAGGGGCGCCAGGGGAGCCCACCCUCCAGAAGUGGCCAGGGUGCAAGUGACAACCAGCAGGCAUUUGUCUGCCACCAAACUGCCUGGGUCCCAGCCUUGGGAGUGCAUGGAGUGGCCAGGCUGCUGCCAGUGGGUCGUCCACAAGACACCCUGAAUCCCAGCUCCAGCCUGCUCGGGGGCUGUGCGUGAAAAAAAGCAGGGGUUGGGCAACUCCCCACUUUUCCCUCUACCCGAGCUGGCCAAUCCAAAGCCAGGACCUUCUUUCAGGUGUCCCAUGCAGGUGCAGGGGCCCAAGGAUGGGGCCAGUCUUCUGCUUUUCCUGGACAUAGCAGAGAUCUGGAUCAGAAGUGGAAUAACAGACACUUGAACCAGUGCCCUUAUGGGAUUCCAGCACUGCAGGUGGCACUGCUAAUCCAGCUCUACUGUGGCCUGGGAAAGCAUUCGAAGACAGCCCAAGUGAUUGGACCCCUGCACCCGCAUGGGACACUUGGAAGAAGCUCCUGGCUCCAGACUGGCCCUGCACCAGCUGUUGGGGCCAUGUGGGGAGUGAACCAGCAGAUGGAAGACACCUCUCUAACUCUGCCUUCCAAAUAAAUACAUCUUCAAUAAUAAAAAAAAAAAAAAA